UUAUUAUUGCGUUAUUUCAUUUUAUAAAAGGUUAAUUGUUUUACGAAAUGGUCAUUAAUACUUGGACAUCACAAUUGUGAAUUGAUUACGGUCGAGUUUCAGAUAAAAUGAGAUACCUUCAGUUACUUGCACUGUUAAUAGCUCUAACAUACCAAACAGCAUAUGCAAAAUGUCGGCGCAUGGCCCGGCCCAGCCCUGCAUGGCCAUCAUUACAGAACAUGUUCACCCGUGGCAACAACAUUAUGCCAACGCAGACGCGCAAUCGAAGAUUACCAUUAGAAACAGCCAUGCCAGUCAAUGGCAUGAACGCACCAAUACCAUACAUGAAAUCUUCACCGAAGUGGCCAUGCCAAUUGGAACGACCGUACCCGGUAGCAAUAUCAAACAUGAGGAUUCCAGAAGUAGCAAGAAUUCCAGAAAUACGGAUGCCAGAGGUGCCUAGGAUGAUAGAAGCGCCAAGGACACAACAAUACAUUCCAAACAUGCCAGGGGGUUCAGUCACAAAAGCACCUGCUAUGUUUUCAAUCUCCGAAGUCAACAUGCCAUUCAUGGCUAUUCAAAAUAUGCCUGAGCUUAUAAGUAUGCCUAUUCCUGCCCAAGAAAGAUUUGAAUGUCCAUAUGCAUCGCCUAAAGCUUUAGUUAAUCCAUUCUUACCUGCAGCUUCACCUGUUUCGGCUUUGGCACCGCCAACGUCAAAUUCAUUACCACCUGCAACUCUUCAAGGAAGGAGUCAGUUCUUGAGAAAAAUACCAAUUCCACCACCUACAUUGUAGUUACUUUUAUUAUGAUUUAAAUUGAACUUUAUUUAUUUAGUACUUAAUUGUUUAUUUAUUUUGUU